AUGGCUAUCUUCAAACCAUCCAAGAUUCUCGUAUUUGGCGGGACUGGCCAGAUUGGUGUUUUCAUCACCGCAGCAUUGUUAGAUGCCAGCCCCUCUUUUGAUCAAAUCACCCUCUUCACAUCGCCGACAACAGUAGAAAGGAAAGCAGGCUUGCUCGAUGGGUGGAAGAAGAAGGGGCUCAAAGUCAUCGCUGGCGAUGUCGACGACACGGAGCAAAUCAAGGCGGCCUACGAGGAUGCCGAUACCGUUAUAUCCACACUCGGCAGAAACGUGAUUGAGAAGCAAAUUGAUCUCAUCAAGCUGGCCGAGGAGACAGACUCUGUCAAGUGGUUUUUCCCCUCCGAGUACGGCACGGAUAUCGAAUACGGUCCCAAGAGCCCCAAUGAGAAGCCUCACCAGGCCAAGCUCAAGGUGCGCAAGUACAUCCGUGAGAACGUCAAGAGACUCAAGUACACGUACUUGGUAACGGGUCCUUAUGUCGACAUGUUCUUGACUCUGCCAUCGAUUGCGCAAGAGGCCGGUGGGUUUGAUACAGCAGCCCGGAAGGCGGUGUUGAUUGAAGACGGUGAAGGAAAGACUGGCUUGAUCACCAUGAAAGAUGUCGGCACGACGUUGGUGGCAUCCCUUCGUCACCCAGAGGCAUCCUUCAACCGAGCUCUGAAAGUACAGUCCUUCGUUGCGACCGGCAAGGAAAUUGUGGCCGAGUAUGAGAAGCAGACUGGAGACAAAUGGGAAAUUGUCUACUCGUCGCUGGAGACGUUGAAGAAGGCCGAGGAGAAGGCCUGGGCGGAUGGCAUCCCUUACGCCACUAUCUUCACGCUGCGACGCAUCUGGGCUGAGGGCGGCACGUUGUACGAGAAGACGGACAACGAGAGGAUCGGACUCGGACCAAACGAUGUCGAGAGCUUAGAGGUGGCCGUCAAGAGAUCAUUGGGUAAGAUUCAGUAG